AUGCUUAAUCAAGUUGUAGAUGUGUAUCUAGUGCCACCAUAUAAGUACUUUGAAAACUAUUCUAAAACCAAGGAGAAAAAGUAUGGAAAUAGGAGUUUUAUUGAUGAGAGACAUCGACACAGAUACGAGGUAAAUCCUGAUAUGGUUCCACGACUUGAAGAAGCUGGUCUUUCCUUUUCUGGAAAACGCGAAACUGGUCGUCGCAUGGAGAUUGUUGAGCUUCCUACUCAUCCUUACCUUGUCGGCAUUCAAUUUCACCCUGAGUUUAAAUCAGGACCAGGAAGGCCUUCCGCUCUUGUCUUAGGUACUUCCCGUUGCUAUCUUAAAUUUCUCUGA